AUGUGUGAACUUCCGGUAGUUCGAUGUUCUCCUAAUUUCUGCUUGAAUGGUGGUAUUUGUGAAGACACCCCUGGUAAACCAGAUUGUGAUUGUCUUAAGGAUUUUACAGGUGACAGAUGUGAGAUUCAAAUUAAUCCUUGUGAUUCUUCCCAACCACCUUGCCAGAAUCAAGCCAAAUGUAUACCCAGUGGUAUCGACUACGAAUGUGUUUGUCCUCCAAAUCUCAACGGGAAGAAUUGUGAAAAUGUAAUUGACCCUUGUUUCCCAAACACCUGUCUGAAUAAUGGUGUUUGCGAAAAGAACGACAUUGAAGCACCACGAUGUUCUUGUAAAGCUCCAUUCACUGGUCUACGUUGUGACAGUUUAACUGAUCCAUGUACUGGACAAGAGUGUCAAAAUGGCGGAAUAUGUACAUCUAAUGGAGCAUCUUUCAAAUGUACAUGCGCUCCUGGAUUUACUGGUCUUACAUGUUCAGUUAAAGUAGACCUUUGUACUCCCCAAUCGUGUUCAAACAAUGGUGUUUGCAGCACCAUAGAUGGUGGUAUUCAGUGCAAAUGUUCUUUUGGAUUUACUGGACCAACCUGCUCUGUUCAGGAAGACUUUUGCGCUACAGAGUCAUGUUUAAACAAUGGUGGUUGUUCCAUUGUGGAGGGAAAAGUUCAAUGUACGUGUCGGGAUGGAUUUACCGGCCUGAAAUGCGAAGGUGUGGUUGACUUGUGUACACCUGAAUCUUGCUUAAACAAUGGUAUUUGCAGUACAACAAAUUCCCAGAUUAUGUGUAAAUGUCCAAAUGGUUUUUCUGGUCUGAGAUGUGAAGUUGAAUUGGUUAGCCAUGCAAAAAUGGCGGAACAUGUCUUCCCAACAAAAUGCUGUUUACCUGUAACUGCACUAAAGAAUUUACAGGAGCGACAUGUGAGACAAACCUAUGUAAAACCAUUGACUGUUUAG